AAAGUUAAACCAGGAGACUCGCUAAAUAAAAUUGCUCUACAGUUCUCUGUUCCGGUCUCUGAAAUCAAGCGGGCCAACGGAAUUGUAGGUGAUCAAGAAAUAUUUGCCUUACCGUCAGUAAAAAUACCAAUUAGUAGGUUAAGAAAAGAACUGGAUUUGGAGCAUGAGAGAGAGCUUUUAAAGAACGAUAGCCCUGUCACGGAAAGCGACUUAUUUAAGAAGGCAGAUGAGUCUGUUUCGCAAGUUAGGGACAAUUUACCAAAUCAAUCAGGUUUGGAGGGAGCUUUUCAUUUUGUGGAUGCCGGCUCACCAGAUAGUGCUCACAAGGUUAUUGUUUUAGUCUUGACGUUGUUCAUUUUAAUUCCGCUGUUAUUAACGUACUUCGAAGAGCAUCAGGAACUGGUAAACGCUACUACUGGUCACUAA